AUGAAUUCACUCAGUGAAGCAAAUACCCGCUUUGCAUAUGAUCUGUUUCAAAUGUUCAGGAAAUCAUCGAAGGAAAAUAUCUUCUACUCCCCGCUUAGUAUCACAUCAGCCUUAGCCAUGACUUACUUAGGGUCCCAAAAGCACACUGCAACAGAAAUCCAGAAGGCUCUUCACUUUAAUGAGUUCAUAGAGAACACAAAAGGAGGAGCCACAACAGCCCAGGUUGAAAAGUUGGGAAACGUGCACGAGCAAUUUCAAAAGCUUCUGACUGAGCUAAAUAAACCCACUGAUGCCUAUGAGCUAAGCCUUGCCAACCGGCUCUAUGGAGAAAAGAAGUUUCAGUUUCUUCAGGAAUACUUGGAUAAUGUUAAGAAAUUCUACCUAGCCAGUGUGGAAUCUGCUGAUUUUGUAAAUGCUGCAGAAGAAAACCGAAAGAUGAUUAAUUCCUGGGUGGAAAGCCAAACGAAUGAAAAAAUCAAGAAUCUCUUUCCCGAAGGCUCUCUUGACAGCACCACCAUUCUGGUUCUGGUGAAUGCCAUUUAUUUCAAGGGGCAGUGGAAUGAAAGAUUUGAUCCAAAAAGAACUAAGCAGGUGGAAUUUUGGCUGAAUAAGGAUACAAGCAAAUUUGUGCAGAUGAUGGAACAAAGAGAUAAGUUCAAGUUCACAUCACUGGAAGAUAUGCAAGCCAAGAUCCUUGAAAUACCAUACAAAGGCAAAGAUCUGAGCAUGGUGUUGUUGCUGCCAAAUGAAAUUGAUGGUCUUCAGCAGCUUGAAAACAAACUCACUGCAGAGAAAUUAAUAGAGUGGACAAGCUCAAGAAAUAUGAGCAUGAGACAAGUGCAUGUGCAGUUACCUCGGUUCAAAGUGGAAGAAAGCUAUGACCUCCAGGACACACUGACAGCCCUGGGGAUGGUGGAUGCCUUCAGUCCACAGGAUGCUGACUUCUCAGGCAUGACAGGGAGCCGGGGUCUCGUGCUAUCGAAAGUCCUACACAAGUCCUUUGUGGAGGUGACAGAGGAGGGUACAGAGGCUGCAGCUGCUACCGGCGCAGUAAUUUCUGUCACAUCAGCACCAAUUUAUGAAAUGUUCCAUUGUGAUCACCCCUUCCUGUUCCUCAUCAAGCACAACAAGACAAACAGCAUUCUCUUCUUUGGCAGAGUCUCAUCUCCUUAG